GGAAAAUCUCUGCCACGCACUUCCGUUAUAUAAGACCGUGACGCAACGAUGGCCAAACUGAGGAAAUGAUCAGAGCCGUCAAUUUCAUUCUCUCAUCUUUCAAUUACCUGAGUGACAUACAAUCUCAAAAAAUUCAAAAUGUCGUUCAAUCCUCACGAUGUUGACCUCGACACGGCCGACGCAACGGAGAUUAUUUGCUAUCUCAACAAGUCAGAAAAUGACUACAACGGCCAGCUGGGCGCCCGCAUUUCGGCUAUUUUCGUGAUCUUUGCCGUUUCAACUGCAGUGACCUUCUUCCCCGUCGUCGCCAAGCGCGUCCCCAGGCUGCAUAUCCCACUCUACGUCUACCUCUUCGCUCGUUACUUCGGUGCUGGUGUUAUCAUUGCAACAGCUUUUAUCCAUCUUCUGGACCCCGCAUACUCCGAGAUUGGCCCGCAGUCAUGUGUCGGAAUGACUGGUAACUGGGCGGAUUAUUCCUGGUGCCCUGCGAUCGUCUUGACCUCGCUCAUGUGCAUCUUCCUCCUUGACUUUGGUGCCGAGCGCUAUGUCGAAGUCAAGUAUGGCGUCUGCAGAGAGGACCCCGAGCCAAUCAUGACCAGUGCAGUGGAUAACUCGACUGUGGACAAGGCAUCGCCCGGAAACUCGAGGAAGAGCGAGGCUGAUGUGGAGGAGUUGUCCACCACUGACACAUUGAUCGAAAGGUCCUUCAAGCAACAGAUUGCCGCCUUCCUCAUUCUCGAGUUCGGUGUCAUCUUCCACUCCGUCAUUAUUGGUCUGAACCUGGGAGUCACUGGCGACGAAUUUGCGACGCUCUACCCCGUUCUUGUCUUCCACCAGUCCUUCGAGGGUCUGGGUAUUGGAGCUCGUAUGUCCGCCAUUCCUUUUCGCAAGGGCAGCUGGCUGCCGUGGAUCCUUUGCAGCUUGUACGGAUUGACCACGCCCAUCUCGAUCGCUAUUGGCCUUGGUGUCAGAACAACCUACAACUCUGGCUCGUACACUGCCAACGUGGUCUCCGGUGUUUUGGACGCCAUUUCUGCCGGUAUCCUGAUCUACACUGGUCUAGUUGAGCUUCUGGCUAGAGACUUCAUCUUUGACCCUCAUCGCUCCCAAGACAACAAGAGACUGGCAUUCAUGGUCAUCACCAUGCUCUGGGGUGCUGGUAUUAUGGCUCUUCUCGGAAAGUGGGCUUAAGAUCUGAUGGAGGUGCUGUCGUGAAAAUGUGUGUGUCGCUUCUGUUAAGCUUCUGCGCUGGUUCUGAUAUCCGUUGCUCAUGCAACCUUCUUCUUGCUCAUAUUGCACCCAUUUGCUGUUCGAAAUACCCUUGCAUUCUAUUCCAAAAUUGUUUGCCAUGUGCACAUAUGUAUGGACGAUAAUAAUUAGCUAGGACGGAAGUGCCCAGACUGAUAAUGAUUUAUUUUCCCUCUGUCAACAUAGACCUGCACAUCUACGUAC